AUGGCUACCGAGGAGUCGUACACGGAGAAAGGAGAUGAAGCGUCUCCAAAUCUUGCAAGGGGAAAAGGUGAGAAUGAAGAAGCUCCAAUGGCAGAUGGAGUCUCGAAAAGAGGAACUGGACAGACAGAAAUGAAGAAUGAGGAGAAGAAGCCGUCCAAGUUCAAGGAGAUGUGGGGGAAACUUGGACUCGAUGCGCCGACAUUGAUGAUGAUGUUCAAGGGAUCCGUAGGUCCUACUAUUGCCAUUGCUUUUUAUGAAGCCGAUUCGGUCGCGAAAACAUAUACAACUUUAGGAUAUUUGGUAGCUAUCAUCUCCGUCAUUAGUAUGCCUAUUAUGCCAAGGGCAAAGUUUUUUCAAACCAUGAUACUCAACAUUUUCGCCGUCUGCAUUGGAGCUUCAAUUGGACUUUUGGGACUGUGGAGCAGCAUCAAAGCUCGAGAGCAUACUUCCACACCAGGGGUAGUACAAUCUUAUAAUUCCUCGCAGGCUGCAGUAUGCGCCAUCUGGUUGUUUGUCAAUAUAUGGUUUGCGAAUCUGUUGCGUGCCAAGAGUGCCUCCUUGAAUCUUCCGGUCAUCAUGUAUAGCAUCUUUUCGAAUAUCGCUUUCACAUAUGGGCCACUUUUCUCUACCGUCGCAGCAGCUGAAUCUCUCAUCAAACAAAUGCUGAAGUCUUUUUUGACUGCCUUUGCUAUAAGCACGGCGGUUAAUUUGUUCGUCAUACCUGUCUCGUGUCGUUUGGUUGUUUUCAAGGGACAAGCCGGAUACAUUCAGUUGAUGAGGGGCGUGCUCAAGGCUCAGACGUCAUAUCUACAGAGUCUGGAGGAAAGUGACAUGUUUGCGGGUCCUCCUGCUGAGGAUACUGAUGCCUCUUCUGGCAAUCCAUCCGUUGAAUCCGAUAAAAGCGGUACAAGACAUUCCCAUCCAACACUGUCUCCGGAGGCUAAGAAAUUAAAGGGGGCAAUCGAUGGCUUGCGUGGAUUACAUGGAAAACUUUAUGGAGAUAUGCCAUUUGGGAAGAGAGAGAUUGCCUGGGGGAAAUUGAACGCAAAGGAUAUCGACAAAAUAUUCAACUUGUUCCGAGAUAUCAUGGUCCCACUGUUGGGAAUGAGUACUAUCACAGAUAUCUUUGUACGAAUCGGCGAAAGACGCGGUUGGGUCAAGUCUACAGGUUCUAGAGAUCGUUCUGAGCAAUGGGAACACAUGCCAUUAGAAAGUAAGGCAGAAGAAAAGAGGUUGUGGAAUGAAGUGAUGAAAACCCUCCACGAGCCAUUCGCUAUCGUGACUGCGGUCAUGGACCAAGGUAUGGAACAUGCAGCACUUACUCUGGAGCUUGUUCCUCGGCCAAAGAAGAAAUCUGGCGACGAUGUCGAGACUGCGGAUGAACAAUCAAAACCUGGUGAUGCCGGAUUUCUCGCUUACAUGGAACAGACUUUGAAUGAGUUUUACAAAAAACGUGGUGCAACGUUGAAGAAAUGGGCGCAGGAAAAGGGUCUGUCUGCGGAACGAUUUGAUGCAAGUAGGCCAAUUCCUGCCGCGGGAGAAACUGUUACUGCAGAUGAAGCCGAGCAUAGAAGAGAUCAACAGCAAUUAUAUCUUAUUCUUUUCAUGGAAAAUCUCCUCUAUACGGCCGGUCUUGCAGUAAUCAAAUUGGUCCGGUUUGCGGACGGGAAAGUAGAAGAUGGGACUAUGAAGAAGAAUCGUUUGAUUAUGCCAGGUCAACGACGAUUGAAGAAAUGGAUUCUUGGUAUUGCAAAUGCAGAUACAACCGUGGAUAGCAACACCCCAGAUAAUCAAGAGGCCGGCAUAAACAAUGUCUAUAUGGGCUCAGGAUUUAAUCCUAGGAAGGACCCCGAACAUCUGCCACCCACAACUGUUUGGCAGCACUUUGGAAACGGGCUUAGAACUAUUCCAAGAUUUUUAGGCAGCCCUGAAUCAGCGUUUGGUUUCAGAGUCGCCUGCGCAACCUUGACUUUGGGUAUCGUUGCAUUUCUCAAAGAUACUCAUGUCUUUUUCCAGCAGCAAAGAUUGGUUUGGGCUUUGAUCAUCAUUGCCAUCGGUAUGACAAUGACUUCAGGCCAAUCGAUAUUUGGAUUUUUGGCUCGUAUAGCUGGAACUGCACUAGCAAUGGUCUCCUCGAUCAUCAUUUGGUAUAUUGUUGAUCAAAAGACCCCAGGAGUCAUCGUAAUGCUUUGGUUUUUCAUAUUCAUGGAGAUGUAUCUUUUUAUAAAAUUCCCUCGCUUUAUACCGGCUUGGCUCGUAUUUAUAGUCACUCAAGUCUUGAUUGUCGGCUACGAACUGCAAGUCAGAAAAAUUGGAAUUGCAGCAUCGACUAGUUCAGGACAACCCUAUUAUCCGAUUUAUGAGCUUGCUCCAUACAGACUUGCCUGUGUUGCAGGAGGAUCUUUUGUGGCUUUUAUCUGGACCUUCUUCCCAUAUCCGCUCACAGAUCGCAGCUGGUUAAGAAAAGAUUUGGGGGCAACUCUCUACAUCUUGGCAAACUACUACUCAACAGUUCAUUCAACUAUUCAUUCUCGAAUGCACGGGACAGAAGGGGAUAUGUCAUUGAAGACCAGUCCUGGUCGCCGCCUUGAGAAGGCUCGGAAUCGGAUGUUUGGCAAGCUUCUCUUACUUCUACCGUCUCUUCAACAACAUGCUGCUUGGCAGAAAUUUGAGCCUACGAUUGGAGGAAAAUUCCCUCGUGAGACUUAUGAAAACAUUACGCAGAGAUGCUCAAAUAUCAUGGGCUACCUCGCAUUGAUGUCCUACACUACAAAAGCCUGGGCAAGAGACGUACAUGCUACCACCGAUACUCGUAGCAAAUGGCUUCGUGAUCUCGCUGUCGUCAUGGAAGAGGUUGAACCCACCACCCACCAAGUAACCUCAACCCUUGCCCUCCUAUCUGCCGCGAUCACCUCGGGCGUUGCCCUUCCCCCUUUCAUCCAACUUCCCCAACCUUAUAGCCUCCAUCGCCGACUCGACGCUCUCGAUAGUGGUAUUCUAGACUCAAGGCAUGUGGAAGAGCCAGGCUACAGUGCUUAUGCUGUCAUGCAGGUGGCGAGUUCAUUAGUGACGGAUGAUUUAGCUAGGUUGGUGGAUUAUGUUAAGGAGUUGGUGGGGGAGACGGAUUUCUCGUUUACGGUUGGGGGCAGUGAGAAUAAUCUGACGGGGUUGGAGGAAAAUGGGAGAAAGGGAAGAAAGAGAGAUUAG